AUGCUUUUGCUCCAUCGCACCGCCCUGCGACGGCGUUUCGUCGCGUCCAUACUCAUCAAGCAAUACCGAAUAGCGCCUCUUCACGCGUCCUCGUUCAAGCGCGAAGCCAGAGCACCCGACCCAAGACUUUCCAACGUCGACGAGAUCAUCGAAGACAAGUUCGCCGUGCUCAAAACAGACUAUCGAGCGCCUCGACAUCCCAUCAUCCUCGCUCACGGCCUGCUCGGAUUCGAUGAACUGCGACUCGGAGGGAAGAACUUACCGGGGAUUGAGUACUGGUAUGGCAUCACGCAGGCUCUGGCGGCGAAAGGGGUGGAAGUCAUCACUUCCACCGUGCCCCCCAGUGGGAGCAUCGAGAGGAGAGCGGCGAAGUUGGCGGAGGCUAUCGAGAGGCAGGCGAAGGGGAAAGCCGUGAAUAUCAUUGCGUAUGUUUUCAUGUGGAUGUCCAGCAUACCGUAUCUGACUUGGGUCGCAGGCACAGCAUGGUCAGUAACGCCAAACCCGGACGGUGGAAUUGAGUUGUACUAACGAAGAUCUUUCUAGGGGUAUGACCAGCCGUUUUCAAGGGUUGUUCUAGUUUUGGUCUCAAAAGCUAACAACGGAGCAGCGGUCUCGAUUCGAGAUACAUGAUCUCCCAGCUCAAACCGCCCAACGUGAAAGUCCUAUCGCUCACAACCGUGGCCACACCACACCAUGGUUCCGCUUUUGCCGACUAUCUGUUCAAACGAAUCGGAGUGACAAACAUCCCGAAAAUCUACAAGGUCUUGGAGGCCUUUGGUCUGGAAACUGGCGCUUUCGAGCAGCUCACGAGGGAGUACAUGGCCAAGUCUUUCAAUCCUCGAACUCUCGAUGUGGAAGGGAUAGAGUACUAUAGCUACGGCGCGCAGUUUGAACCGCACCUGCUCUCCGUCUUCCGCAAGUCGCACAAUAUCAUCGAGCCCGUCGAGGGGCCCAAUGACGGCAUGGUCAGUGUGGAGAGCAGCCGAUGGGGAACGUACAAAGGGACUCUCAACCACGUCAGUCAUCUAGACCUGAUCAAUUGGACGAAUCGGUUAAGAUGGUACUUUUGGGAAUUGACGGGGAGGAAGCGAAAGUGAGCGCCCUUUCUAUUAUUCUAGGCCAUCACGCUCUGCUCGUACUGACCCAUGUGUAGCUUCAACGCCAUAGCGUUCUAUCUCAGCAUUGCAGACAUGCUAGCCAAGGAAGGUCUUUGA